AUGGGUAAACGGCAGCAGACCGACAUCAAAACCUUAUUCGAGCCAAAUAAGCUGGUAAAAGUGUGCGCCCCCAUGGUACGCUACAGCAAACUUCAGUUUAGGAACCUCGUAAAAAAGUACGAUUGCGAUCUCGUUUUUACGCCGAUGAUACUAGCCGAUUCAUUUUGCAAAAGUGCCAAAGCGCGGAGCAACGAAUUUACGACGAACCUGCUCGACACGCCUUUAGUGGCGCAGUUUGCGGCCAACACCAUACAUGAUUUUGUUGGAGCGAGUUACCUAAUUUCACCCUAUUGCGAUGGGGUGGAUCUAAACUGCGGGUGCCCUCAGGGAUGGGCGCGAGAGCAGGAGCUCGGUUGCCAAAUGCUGAGGAAUCCUCAGAGUAUUUACGCACUCAUCAGGGAAUGUAGAAACCAAAUUUGCAAACCUUUUAGUGUGAGCGUAAAAAUGAGGUUGCUUAAAGAUCUCAAAAAGUCUGUAGAAAUUUGUCGGCAGUUGGAGAGAUGCGGGGCGAGUUUCUUAUCGGUUCACGCGCGGACUCCCGAGUGUAGUGUGGGUCCGAUAGAUAAACAUGGGCUCCGGGCGGUUGUGGAAAGUGUUGAAAUACCUGUUAUUGGUAAUGGAGGUGUUGGGAGUUUGGAAAAUUGUAUUGAGUUGCAAGAAUGCGCGAAAGUUGCCGGAGUAAUGGUGGCUAACGGAAUUUUAGCAAAUCCCACGCUGUUCUCAGGGACCAACGUAACUCCUAUGCGGUGUGUGCAAGAUUGGUUGGAUAUUUGUUAUAAUAGUACUUUGGGUGUGCAAGAGUAUGAAAAACUGUGUGGCAGUGAACAAUUAAGUGGCGCACCCGCACAUAUUAUGCGUCUGUUCCGGGGCUUCUUGAACAAUGCCAAGCAUAACCUAAAAAACAACCCGGUGCAAGAAACGUCCAAGCAGCUGGCAAUUGAAAUAAACAGUAACGUGUUUGCGACGAUUUCAUUCGAAAAGGUCGACGAAAACACGUACGACCUUGUUCACACAACUAUUCCAGAGGAACUACGGGGACGGGGGCUGGGACACAUUUUUGCAGAGAGAAUAUUCGACCAUCUCGCGGGCAACGGCCGCAAAAUUAAGCUCACCUGCGAGUUUCUGCAGGAGUAUUUCGUUAAAAACCGGGUCAAAUACUCGGGUCUCAUAAUCGAAGAUUUCGAGACUCGCGCGGCCCCAUAA